CACUGUUUUAGCUGCAAGUUGCAGGUUGGCCAUAUGCUGCAGAUGCGACAAUUUGUCGGCAAGAAGGUGUGGCUACGAAUUGUCGGCAACUUUCAGGAAGUCAGGGUAAAGCGGUAAAAGAAAAGUUCGUUGGUGACGUCUUUGGAGUGUAGCUUUGCAGAGUGAAGCCGGGGGGCAAAUUGCAAAAAGUGGAAAAUUUUGGAAGUGCAAAAAGUUGUGUGGAAAAAUUUUCAUUCCCGCAAGUUUUAGCCUCCACAGAUUUUGCUGCCCUUAGUUGCCAAAGUUGAACCAUAUCCUUCCUUGUCUCAUCGCAGAAAGCAUCCCCCCGUCACCAUUGCAGAACACUUUCAUCCUAAUUCCAAUCCCAAGCGAGAAAAAAUGGCUGAUGCUGCUGUUAGUGCUACCAUUCAGGUUGCGUUGCAGGCGGUUGUUUCCCUUGCCGCUGAUCAUGUUAAUCUGGCUCGUGAAUUCCCAGAGGAGCUGAAGAAACUCAACGAUUCUGCUGAAAUGAUCGGAGGCUUCUUGGCUGGUGCCGACGAGCAAAUGCAUAGCCCAGUGGUGCAAAUUUGGCUCGAGCAGCUGGAAGAAGAGGUUUUCAAAGCCGACAAUGUGCUGGACGAGCUCAACUAUGAAAAUCUUCGUCGGAAGGUGAAGUAUCAAAAUCAACUCACGAAAAAGAAGGUAUUCUUCUGCUUUUCAUUCUUUAAUAAAAUUGGUUUUCGUUGGAGGUUGGGUUCAAUGAUCAGGGAGAUCAACAUGAACCUUCAAAGGAUCCAUCGGGAUGCAGAAGGUUUGGGACUGGCCUACAAGCACCAAGUUGAAGAAGCAUUCCCUACUAUAGCACCUGGAGCCACAACAAGCCGACAGACCGACUCUACCAUUGAUCGAAGAGAUGUCCUUGGAAGAGAUAAGGAUGAAUCAGAAAUAGUUAAGAAGUUGUUGGCCGAAUCUGAAAGUGAUCGUAUUUCAGUUAUUUCCAUAACUGGCCCGCCAGGAUUAGGCAAAACAACUCUAGCUAAAGCCGUUUUCAACACUCCACAAUUUGACAAUCAUUUUAACAAAAAAAUUUGGGUUUGUGUGGCUGAAGAAGUAGAUAAAAUCGAGAAGGUCUUCAAAAUGAUUCUAGAAUCGUCAACAGGAAAAAAGGCUGAAGUGGAUAAUAGGCAAGUAAUAGUUCAAGGAAUUGAAAAUGAACUUAAGGAAAAAAGAUAUUUGCUUGUUCUCGACGAUUUGUGGAAUGAUCAAGAAGGAUUGUUGGAUGACUUUUUCACCACAUUGAAGGCACUCAAACCGAAGAAAGGGAGCUGGUGUCUGGUUACCACUCGUCUGCAAGAAGUGGCAAUUGUUCUGUCUAGACAUCCGCAGAUCAAUUUUACUCGCCAUGAGCUGGGAAAGCUAUGCGAUAAUGAUUGCUGGUCCAUCAUUAAUAAAUGGGUAAAUGUAGGGGAAGAAGUACCAAAAGACAAAAAGGAGCGAGUUUUAAGAAGAUGUGAUGGUCUACCUCUGGCAGCAAAGUUAAUUGGAGGAUUGUUAUCUAAAAAGAGAAAAGAGGAGUGGCUAUCUAUUUUGGAGGAGAGCCUCUUGAAUCAAGGUCAGGGUGGGAUCGAGCAAAUAGUUAAGGUGAGUUUUGAUCAUCUGUCACCUGCACCGGUUAAGAAAUGCUUCGCAUAUUGCUCAAUUUUUGAUCAAGAUACUGAAUUGGAACAAGAUCGACUAGUUGAGCUUUGGAUGGCUGAAGGCUUUCUUCAACCGGAUUCCCAAAAUCAAACGAUGGAGGGAAUGGGAUAUGAGUAUUUCAGAAUUUUGCUGCAAACUUCCUUAUUGGAAGAAGUAAGAGAUUGGAGGAGAACAAGGUAUAAAAUGCAUGAUCUUGUGCAUGAUUUUGCAAAAUCAAUUUUGAAUCGUAACAGCAGCAAUCAGGACCGUUACCUUGCGGCAUCUGAAAGAAUGGUAGAAAACAUGAACGAAAAAAAAUCAGCAUCACUUCGCACAUUAUUUCUGGAGGGUGGCAUAGCUGAUGAAAUGUUAUCAAAGUUCAAAUACUUGCACGUCCUAAAAUUGUUUGGAGCAGAUGCCAAAAAGCUGCCGAAAUCCGUUGGCAAACUAAUACAUUUACACUUACUUGACAUUUCACGUUCUUGUAUUACAACUUUGCCAGAAUCUCUUUGCAAACUUUACUGUUUGCAAACACUGAGAAUUGGCAAGCUUGAAGAAGGUUUUCCAAAGGAGAUGAGCAAUUUGAUUAGCAUGAGACAUCUUCACUAUUUUCAUGAUGAUACAAGACGCAAAAUCCAAAUGCCAUCCGGGAUUGGACGAUGGACUUGUCUUCAAACAUUAGAGUUCUUUAAUAUAGGUCGUCAAGAGGAAGGUCGUGGUAUCCAAGAGCUUGGAACCUUGGAAGAUCUUAAAGGCUCCUUGGAGAUCAGAAAUCUUGAAUUAGUAAAUGGCAAAGAUGAUGCUGAACUGGCAAACCUAUCUAAAAAGCCAAAUCUGCAUCGGUUGGUAUUUGAGUGGGGCAAUAGGGAUCGGGAAAGUAAUAAAUGCGAUGAAAAUGUGUUGGAAGGCCUCCAACCUCACCCAAAUUUAAAAGAGUUACAAAUUUUGAAGUUCAUGGGUGAUCAGUUUCCACAAUGGUUCAUGAAUUUGACAUUGCCAUCACUGGUGGAGUUGCAGGUGAAGGAUUGCACAAGAUGCAGAAAACUCCCAGCACUUGGACAGCUGCCAUUCCUCAAGAGCCUCUAUUUGACUGGAUUGGAAAACAUAAGAAGCAUUGGGCUUUCAUUCUACAGUACAAGUGCUGAGGAGGACGGCAGAUCAGGAGGUUCAGACACAUUCUUUCCAGCCCUUAAAAAACUCUCUCUUAAAAGCAUGCAAAACUUGGAAGAGUGGAAGGACGCACGCGAAAUGAGGUCAACCGCAGGUGAAGUACAUGUGAUGGAUGCAUUUCCCGUGCUUGAAAAGUUGUCUAUUAGUGAUUGCCCCCAACUGACCACCAUUCCAACUCCAAGUCGUUUCCCAAGUCUUGAUGUAUUGCAAAUAACAAGGAAUUGCCACGUUUUGCUGGCAGAAAAGGUUUUGACCAAUAUAGCCAAUCUCUCGUCCCUUAAAUUAAGUGGUGGUCUUGGUCAACGCAUCGAGUCUCUAAAAUUAGUGAGACGACCAGAGAGCAGCUUGAGUAUUGAUGGCUGUAACAGUCUACCCACUGACAUGCUUGAGCGACUCUGUCUUUUUUCCAACUCUUCAGCGUGUAGAAUUGAGGGAUGCCGCUAAUGUAACAACAUUAAGAGGAAUGAGUUGCGCCGCUUGUCUUGAGAGAUUGGAAGUCGG